GUGCUGCUGGGCCCCAGUACUGACUGCGCCGCGCCCCCACCUCUGCCUCUGAGCCUGGGACCCGAUGUCUGUCUGCAGAAAACACACACACCUGCAAGGUGAAAGAAGGGGCAAGGAUAAACUGACCGAGGCUACAGCCCCAAAUUAGUGUUUCUCAUUUAAACAGCUGGGUGGGGAAACGGCGCUGGAAGUCAAGUAAAACAGUCGCUUGCUAUCGGCUAACGUUAAAUGUGGUGCUAUCACGCAACAGCUAGCAGAUGAAGUUAGCUAGACGCUAGUGAUGGCUCUGGUUCUGAAAAUAUUCUGUUUGCCAUUGCGUUGUAGUUAGUUCAGUGUAGAUUAAUUUUAAAUUCACUUAUUUCACGUUGGGGCAGUGACCACAAUGCUAGUUAUUGUGCCUCGGUGUCAUCUUUUAAGGUAAAACAACUAACCUAGCUAACGUUGACUUAACGUUAGCCAACUAGCUAACGGUAGCAUUACAGUGCCCCAUUCUUUUUUCAAGAAGUUGCGGCUUUGCUGAUUGUGUUGUGAAUCAGAGAAGGAUCAUUUAAGCAGAGUCUGAGUCCAAGCCCGUGUUAAGUGCUGAGCCCGAUACUCAAGUUAGGUCAUAUUUUCUUGGGUUAACUGACUGUCCUACCUGACAACUGACACGAAACAUAAAGUUCCGUUAGUCCAGGUAGCAUCUUCAAGAUAACACCGGUUUGCUAUUUAACCUUUAAGCCCAGUACAUAUAUGAAAUAAAGCUGUACGCUGACUACAAAUAACAUAACCUUCAGUCAGAAACGUGGAGAGAGUAGGUUUAAUAAAUCAUUAUUUUGUUGCCAGGAGAAAAGUGAUACUUAGCUUCAGCCAAUAGUUUAUCCACAAUUGAUCAUGGCUCCUAAAAAGAGACCAGUUCCCUUAAACAUUGCUCCUACUGGCGAUGGAUUAUCCACUUCCACCAACACAGAUGUUGCAUCUGAGGCUAACUUAGAGGCACUUAAGAAAAUAUUGGAAGAAUUGGACCUGGAUGAACAGCAGAAGAAAAGAUUAGAAGCUUUCCUUACCCAGAAGGCCAAGGUAGGCGAGUUGAAAGAUGACGACUUCCAUCGGAUCUGUGAGCUGGGUGCAGGCAAUGGAGGUGUAGUCAACAAGGAGUGCCACAAACCAUCAGGAAUAAUCAUGGCCAGAAAGCUCAUUCAUCUAGAAAUUAAACCUGCUAUCAGAAACCAGAUCAUCCGGGAGCUUCAGGUGUUGCAUGAAUGUAACUCUCCCUACAUUGUGGGCUUUUAUGGCGCCUUUUACAGCGAUGGGGAGAUCAGCAUCUGCAUGGAACACAUGGAUGGUGGAUCUCUGGACCAGGUGCUGAAAGAAGCAAGGAGAAUCCCUGAAGAGAUUCUGGGAAAAGUCAGCAUUGCUGUUUUGAGAGGCCUUGCCUACCUAAGAGAAAAACACCAAAUCAUGCAUAGAGAUGUGAAGCCUUCAAACAUACUGGUGAAUUCACGUGGUGAGAUCAAGUUGUGUGACUUUGGUGUGAGCGGGCAGCUCAUAGACUCUAUGGCCAAUUCCUUUGUCGGAACAAGAUCCUAUAUGUCGCCUGAGAGACUGCAGGGAACCCACUAUUCUGUGCAGUCAGAUGUGUGGAGCAUGGGUUUGUCCCUUGUGGAGCUGUCGAUUGGACGCUACCCCAUCCCUCCCCCAGAUGCUAAGGAACUGGAGGCCAUAUUUGGACGACCCAUCUUAGAUGGUAGUGAGGGAGAGACACACAGCACUUCGCCCAGACCCAGGCCCCCGGGUAGACCUGUCAGCGGUCACGGUGCUGUAAUGGCCAUCUUUGAACUCCUAGACUACAUAGUAAAUGAGCCCCCUCCCAAACUACCACAUGGUAUAUUCACCUCUGAUUUCCAAGACUUUGUGACAAAGUGUCUCAUCAAAAAUCCAGCAGACAGGGCUGACUUGAAAAUGCUGAUGAACCAUACAUUUAUCAAGCGGUCUGAGGCGGAGGAGGUAGAUUUUGCUGGCUGGCUUUGUAAAACCAUGGGGCUGAACCAACCAAGCACUCCCACGCGCACUGCAGACUGAACACACAAUCUACACAAAGUCACACACACAGUAUGUAAAAAAACAUGGAGAAGCUACUGCCGAAAACCAUACACCCACACAUACACAUCUUGUUUGCCACAUCCUCCCUCAGGUGAACCCCUAAAGGCUCCAGCUAUCAAAUCAACUCUGCUGACAUUUAAACCAGUUGAUCACGUGCUGGGAAAGGCACUCUAUCUACAAUUUGGACCUUUUGUGGAGUCAGCCCACGGAGAUUCAGUUAUCAUGAAAAUUUUUUCUUAAAUCAGUCACAGCAUAAGUCCUCCAAAUGGUUGUUGGUAACGUAAAGAACAUCGGUCAUUUGUGUUAAGAUCAGUUCAGGAUGUUAGGCCAUUUAAUCUCUUUGGAGACUAACAUGCCAUUAGGCUUUUUGUACAUCCUCACCUCAGUACCCUGCAGUCACACAGGCUGUACAUACUGUAUCAAAACUGGAAGAUUUUAUCUCUUAUAAGAAUAUAAAAACAAAUAUAAUAGCUGUGCUUAAUUUUCUAACGUCUCUUUUUUGGUUCAGCUUUUUGGUUUUCUUGUCAGAAUUUCUCCAAAGUGUUCUGAGGCUUACAACACAAGUGUGUCUAUCCCAGUUAUUACAAUCAUGGUUAAGCAUCUGUACAUGUGUACAGGCAGAUGCAUGUAUGAAUUAGUUUUUUAUAUGUGAUAUGCAAACAAAUUGGGAAGCGUAAGAAUCGGUUUAUUUUACUGAGCAGGUCGGGUUAUGUGUGUCUGUGUUAGCAAGAGGUGACUGAGUUUAGGAAAGUUCUCGCAUUUGUUGACGUGAGUGAUUUCUACAAAUUUUGAGAUGUCUUGAGGUGAAGCACAGUGUUUUAAACAUUUUAGCAUGACACUCGCGUCAAAGCCAAAUAAUAAAAAUUAAAAAAAAAAAAAAAAA